CCCGUGGACAUGUGGACACCCGAGAAUCGUCUCGCGCAGAAGCCUCGAGAAAACCCCCGCACGGCCGCGCGCAGCUAUAAAACACGCGCGUCACCCGCCACCGACGGAAGACACCCGUUCAGUCUCACCGCAUCAGCGAACGAGUGACCUCAAAACAAUGAACUGCUCCAACAGUGUUUCAGACAGUAAGGCCGAUAAGCCUCUUACGUUCCGCUCGGUGAAGGAGAUGUUUGAGAAAAUGGAGGAAUCGUUUAAAAUAUGUGCGCGGUGUGAGAGACUCCCGUCACAGGUCGCAGACUCUCUGAAGAGAUGCACACGCUGUCUGAAUGUGUAUUACUGCAGUAAAGAGUGUCAGAAGAAAGACUGGCCUCAACAUAAACUCUACUGCGAUAAACUACGCAUGGCGGCGGUGGACAGACACGUCGAGUGGCUCCUUUAUAAAGGAGAUCUCCCUUUCCCUACGGAGGCAUGGUCUCGUCCCGCGAACAAAGUCAGCUGUUGGAAAGAUUGGUUGUCCAUGCAGGGAGAUCUGACGUCUCGUCUGGAGCCCAUCCUGUCUGGACAAAACAUGACAGAGCUCUGGACCAAUGCCUGCAGGCCGCGGCCGGAGGAGGCGGAGCUCCGUGAGUCUGUGUGGCGAGUGUGCAGUGAGUUUCUCUCCCGGCCUCUUACGAUCGGAAUGGGAGUGAGGAUGUUUAACCUGGACCCGUACUCACGGCCGCUCACCAUUCACGUGGUGGGAGCCACUCACAACGAGACCCUGGGAGCCAGAACCACAGACAUGGACGAGCUCGGCCGCAUGUUCCCGGGGAACCAGGGGCUAGAAGUGGUGAUGGUGGGGCCCGAGGUGGUCCAGGGGCCCAUCAUGAGGCCCCCGCUGAGAGCGUUCGGACCCCGGGGAAAAGUGUACAUCAGCGCUUACAAGGGCCUGUACCAUCAGUUCUGGGAGGAAGUUGUGGAGAAAGGAGAAGCAGCCAAACCUAAUCUAGUGGUUGGAUUUCAUCCAGAGUUUGAGGGACAGGAAGUGAAUCAGGAUUGGUUGGCGACACUCCUGCUGCUACGAGAUUAUAAUAUCCCCACUUUAUUCACUAUGAUCAACAAUGAGGAGCUGCAGAGUACUCUUCAUGUGUUUAUGGAGCUGGAGAUGGAUGUGAAGGACACCGGCUCAAACCCCUUCAGCUCUCUGAAACCCGAACAACUGCCAAAAAGCCCUAACAAAGCACUCAUUUAUGCCAACUCUCACUAUGUUUCUUUCCGGGGACUGCUGGAGGUGAAAGAGGAGGAAGAACACAACUAAUGCUGGACAUUUUUCAAUGCACAUUUAAAUAAAUAAAUAAAUGUGAUGUGAAAAUAUGGGAUUAAUGAAUUUAUAUUUUUGAUAUGUCUUUGUCUGCAUUUAGCUGUUUUAUACCUCAUUGAUUCUAUCUGCCUUAAGUGCUUCAACGAUUAUGCAAAAUCAUGCAAAUAUACUGAUAAAUCAACGUGUGUUUAAAGAUAAACUCAGCUUAGCAUACAAAUGAUAGUACAGUUCAAACACAACUACAUUUAUUUGCAAAAAUUGUAAAACCGUUUGCAACUAUCAGGAGCUUCAAAUAUUUGAGAGUUUUUUUUAAUUUUUAUUCUGGAAAUCUGUUUCUGGAAACUGUGUGUAUACAGUCUGAAUAUUAAUUUAGGAUUCAUUUUAAAAAUUUUAAUAAGUGUGUGUGUGUGUGUGAAAUAUUUAAUAUUCGACAACUGUUUUGCUAUAGAAAUGUUAAAUGACCCACAGUAAUAUGCAAUUUUAUAAAAAUUCCCUUGAGCUAUUUUGAAUUGAAGCUAUAAUUUAUGCAAUUCGUGUAAUUCAUAACUAAAUGUGACGUGUGAUCAUGUGUGAAUAAAUACAU